UGCUCGCAGGCCCCCUCCGCCAUCUGGAUACUUCAUGGCCUCCCCCAGGUUAGAAACCUACUGCUGCCCCAACAGGGAUGCAGCCACGCAGCUUGUGAUGAGCUUCCAGCCCCAGAUCUUCUGUGCAGUCUGCAUUGGCAGUGCCUCAGCCAGCCUGCUGCUGACCAUCCUGCAGCUCCUGCCGAAGAAGGGGCAGAGCCUGCGGAAGAUGCCCAAAGCCUCCUCCUCCUCCACCAUUCUUCUCCUUAUCUCCGUGUGUGACAUCCUCGGUGGCUCAGGUGUGAUUUUCAGGUCGAGCGUCUGGUUGGGCUUCCCGAGCUUUGUUGCCAACAUCUCAGUGGCCAACGGGACUGACGUGUGGCCCUCUGUCUUCUGCGUGGGCAGCGCGAUGUGGAUCCAGCUGUUAUACAGUGCUGGCUUCUGGUGGUUAUUUUGCUAUGCUGUUGAUUCUUACUUGGUGGUAAGAAGAUCAGCAGGACUGAGUACAAUCGUGCUGUACCACAUGAUGGCCUGGGGGCUGGCAGUUUUGCUCUGCGUUGAGGGCGUUGCGCUGCUUUAUUACCCAUCCCUUUCCAGCUGUGAAAGAGGCCUGGAGCACGCAAUCCCACAUUACAUCACAACCUAUGCCCCGCUCCUGCUGGUGCUGGUGGUCAACCCAGUCCUGUUCAGAAGGACAGUGACUGCAGUUGCCUCUUUACUGAAAGGGAGACAAGGGAUUUACACAGAGAAUGAGAGACGGCUGGGGACAGAGAUCCAGAUGCGCUUUUUCAAAAUUAUGCUGGUAUUCAUUGUUUGCUGGUCAUCUAAUAUCAUCAAUGAGAGCCUUUUGUUCUAUCUCGAAAUGCAGCCAGAUAUCAAUGAAACACCUUUGAAAAACAUUAGAAGUGCUGCACUGAUUACAUGGAUUAUAAUGGGGAUUCUUAAUCCGAUGCAAGGCUUCCUCUUCACAUUAGCUUUCUAUGGCUGGACAGGAUGGAGAGUGGACCUGAAAUGGCAGAAGAGAGAAAUACCCUGGGAAUCAAUGUCCUCAUCAACGGUGGGUGACAAUGACUAUCCCUCACCAGUGAACUACCAAAGCAAUGUUCACGACUCAAAGAAGAUAUCUUCCACUGAUAGCCAGCAGACUGAUGAGGCUAUAAGCAUGUUGUCUGAAGGUAACACUAGCGGUGAUGACAGGUUGACCAGGAGCUCUCCCAUCUACCAGGGCUGGUAGCUUGUAGGUGGAGAGCUGAAUCUCACUUCUCCCAUUGUCAAGACUCACAAAACCAUGGCACUGUGUGAAUCAUUGCUCAUUCUGAAAUUUGGUUUGUGCCUGAUGGCUCAGUUUAAUUUCCUGUAGCUUUUGUUCGUGUGUGAGACUGUGUAAGAUGCAGAGAAAAGAUAGUUAAUGUCUUCACUUGCUUUGUAAGAGAUGUGUAGCAAGUUACAAAGGCCUGAUAGCUUUUAGCAGGACUGUGUCUCUGCAGGGAUCUGUUACUUAUGAUUCAUCUGUUUUCUUUCAAUCUCUCCUGUAACCUCCAUAUGGUAGAAGAGUCUUUUGUUUAAAUAAACAGACUAUUAAUAUGGUGGUUUUUUAAAUGUCUUCCCUUGCUUGCCUUGCUCAGCAUAAAAUUCCCUGAAUUACUGCUCUGAAACACAACUUCCACCCUUGUAAACUACUCUAGUAAAACAUGAGUGACAGCAAACUCGGCCAUAAGGACAGACUUCCCUGCUUGUGCAGAAUUUCACUGUCAAAGUCUUCUUUUAGCUUGUUUAUAUUAAUUUUCAGCUUGUUUUUAUCUAGGGAGUUGAAUGUGUUUUAAAACAAAUUCAGACAUGAAUUGGAGCUGAGGCUUCAAGAAGGUUUCAGAAAAAGGGCUCCAGUUCUGCCGGUUCAAGAAAAAAACAGCUUUACAGAUUAUUUUUUCAAUUUGAAUUCAGUUUGAUCCUUAUAUAUAUACCUGUCAGAAUUAUGACUGAUAGUUGCAUUAAGAGAUAAUAUUUGCAAAGAACAUUGACAUGAUCCGAGUGGUCAUCAGAAAAGAAUUAAUAGAAUUAAUAGUUCUUUCUCAUCAAAAUAGAAUUAAUGGAAUCAGUAGUUCUUGCUCCAACAUGUACUCUAUUUUAUGCCUUCAAGUUGCAGAAUGGAGAAAUAUCACAUCUACUCUCCAUAUCUCCUGAGUUACAGAUCUCAGUUUGUACAGUGCACUAAGUACCCAAACAAUUCCUAAACUUGGUUGAAAAGUUAGAAGAAAAAAAAUGAUGAUGAUGUCUCUUCCAGGCUUUUAAUCUCGUAUCAAAGUUAGAAAUGACACAGCUAAGCACAGUCCUCCUGGGAGCUGUUUACCAAACAAAGUGACCAGCAAUUCAUUAAAAGCCUCUCAUCCUCAGCUAACCUCUCUCCCUUCCUUCCGUACGUGGCCAAGUCUGGGCAUAAAGCAAAAUUUACUCUCUAAAUCCUUUUAUAUCUGCUCUGACUGAACUUCACAGGCUGUCCAUACCUUUCUUUUAAAACCCAAUUCAGUCUCAGCUAUUGUAACAAAAAAAAAAAAAAAAAACAAA